AAGACAGGAGUUUUCAUCUUUAAAACUCAACAAUAUGGCUGGCAAAAAAAGGAGGAAUUCCUAAAAAAUCUCACUAUUAUUACUAGUAUUAAGUAUUGUGAAGAGAACAGCUGAGCCAGAGGCUGAGGCCAGAGCCGCAGGCUCAGAGUGUCUGAGUUCGUGAUAGCCUCGUCACUCGUGUGGUUCACCGUUAGGUCUCUAGAAUAUAGAUCUAGAAUCUUCUAGACUAGUCUAUAAUUUAUAUUCUAGAUCUAGACUUAACUUAAACAUCUUAGACUUAGUCUCUAGAUUAGGUACUUUGAUUUUCCGGAAUAGGCUUCAAUAGGUCGACUUUUUUUGGUUACCGGAAACUAGUGUUUCCCUGUGGCAGUAUAUAAGGCUGAGACAAUGUGUGGUCUAGUAUAAUGUGGUAUUGUUCUCAAAAUAAUCCUUAAUCGGAUUAAUUGUGCCCAUUCCUUUCACAUGGAUAGUAUAUCAGUUAAUUAUUUAGAUCGACAUCAGCGUGGUUCUAUUGUUUUCAUGGACAUUUCUCGUACGGCAGAUAGCGGAAAACUUCAUCAUGGACAUAACUGGCAGUGGUGUGCCACUAGGUGGUGAGUGUGGUGACAUGAAAGUCGGAUGGCUGCCUGGUCGUGCGGUCUGCGCACUGGAUUGUCGUUUGGAUUUAUCGAUGGUCCCGGGUUCAAACCCUACCCGCUCCCUCCUCGUCCAGCCGGAGCUUUGGACUAGGAAGUAACUAUCUUCAACUCUGAAGGAACAUCCGGAACAUGUAAAACAAACAAAACAUACACUGAUGAUGCAGAGCCAGGGAGCAGUAGUAGUGUAGUUAAGUUGUAUUGGAUGAUACACUAACUUUGACACCUGGCAGCAUUGCAGAGCUCAAGAAGGAGAUAUGGCUGAUCUUUUGACAUGAUUGUCAUACACACUAAUGUGGCAGCAACAGACAGGGAUGUAAUUUAAUACUUUAACAGAUUCUGCCACUAUCAUCGAGGGCAAACAAAAAAGUUCAUAUUGGAAAAUUAUUUUCGACCUGGUGACUUAUUACAUCUACUUACUGUCGCCACAGUGCUAUAACCAAAAAAAGUUUUGUGCUAACUUCAAUCUCAGGUUUCAAAAUAAUGAAAAGAACAACACAAUUAAAUUCAUGCAUUUGUGCUGAAAAUUUUAUUCAUAUAUCUCUGAAAAUUAAAAAAUUACAGCCUUUUUAACAGAAAAAAAGCACUUUUCUGUCUUUUUUUUUUGACACGUGGUGCCUCGUCAUGAAGUGUAAAAUAUUUUCUUGGACUUCUAUGUAUAAUUUAAAGACAUGUCCAGAUACAAUGUAAGUUCCUUUUUGCCUGUUCCUGAUGAAGAAUUGCUAUGUGGAAUAUGCAUGAAUAUACUAGAUAAACCUUUGGAGACACCCUGUCGCCAUGUGUUCUGUACAGACUGUAUCCAUAAAGCAGUGAGGGAGCAGAGUAAAUGUCCCCUGUGUCGAAAGAAAUGCAAGAAAUCAAUGUUAAAAGAUGUGCUGCCACUUGUGCAGAACUUGAUUAACAAGCUGACAAUGAAAUGCCCCAAUUAUGACAACGGUUGUAUUACUCCUAUCAAAAUGGAAUAUUAUUAUGAUCAUCUUGUAAAAUGUGAAUACUCUGUGGUGAAGUGCCAAUAUAAAGAAUGCUCAGCUCACAUGCUUCGCAAAGAAAUUGUGGAGCAUGAACAAAAUGAUUGUAUAUACCGUCAUAAAAUGUGUACCAAAGGAUGUGGAUUGAUGUUGUCCACCUUUCAGGAAGAGAAACACGAAUGUGUGACUGCAUUAGUGGAAUUAGUUAAAGAGCUAAAAGAAGAUAAGGCAAAUAUGCAGAAAACUAUUGAUGAAAUGAAAACCAAGAUGUCAGUACUACAUCAUGAAAUCUCUCCUGCACUGAGUUCUUCAUCCAGUGAACUAUCCAGCAUAUCAUCAACAUUUCACUGGUCGACUACUUCAGAUGACUGGUCAGAUUUGGAUAUACAGAGCCUCAAUUCUGAAGUGUUGGAACAUUUGAGCACCAGUGGUCAUGACAGCGAUCAGUCUUUGGAAGAACCCAGUCUUGAGUUUCUGAGUAGCACUGGAGGAAAUGUAGAAAAUGAAACCACACAGAGCCUCCCUGGUGAUAAUUCAUUAGCUGAGGUAGAUGCUGCAUCCCAAAGUAUAGCCACCAGUGUCAAUGGUAACAACAAGAGGUCUCAGGAUUAUGAUAAUCUUUUAGUAUUUAAACGGGCCAAACCUUCAUCAGCCGGUGAAGAGGGCCCCUCUACAUCGUCUGCCUUGCCUGUUGCUAAACUGAACUCCCUAAGGAGCCAGACAUCAAAAAAUUCUGUUGCUUCUCAUGAAGCUGGGGUGUCCAGUGCCACAAAGAAAAAAGGAACAGGCAAGCGUCAUAAUUCUCAUAGCAAGUCUGAGCCAUUUGGGGCAGGUGUUGAAGAAGAAUCACCAGGAGCUCAAGGUAGUGAUCUACCAUCUAGUUCUGGGGGUGCAGCAGGCAGAAGCCAUAUUCUUUUUCAUCAUAAAGUAUAUUUUGGACCUGGGGGAGAAGAAAAACACCAAAAACCACAUUAUAGUAUUAUUCAAACUGACUCAGGGUCAUCCAGCUCUGUUAUGACAAAAGCCACCAACAAGCAAGUUGAAGCAGAAGAUGAUGCCAAGACAAAGGUCACUGUGUCUCAGUCAACCAAUAAUACUGCCACGUGUAGUGAAAGUACCUCUGGACUGUCAGAUAAUAACACUGCAAGAGAGUUAAGAAGCUCCACUAGAACACCACACACAAGAAGCACUAGAAGUUCCACUAGGGUUCAGACGAGAAGCUCAGUAAAGUUACAGGACAAACUGGUUCCUUUGGAUGAAGAUGUUAUUCCCAAUGUAAAAGUUCCCCCUACUGCUGCAUAUUUACUCAACAAGUAUACAGAGGAAGACUCUAGCGAAGAUGAGUCUUGGUCACCCUCAGAAGCUGAUUAAUUUAAUGUGAUGGUCACUCAUUAUAUUGCUGCAAUAAUUGAAUUGUACAAUAAACUAUAAAAAAAAUUUGAUUAAUUAUUUUUUUUUAUAGAAGCAAGGGAUAAAUGCUAUCAAAUGAAAUAAUUUCUUGUAGGCAAUGUACACUGAAACAUUAUUGAUGCAUUUUUUGUUCAAACAUACUUUAGCUAAGUUACAAGAGCAAGAUGUUCACAUCAUAUUUAGAAGAAUCAAAAGUUAACUUUCUGUUAUACAAAAACUACUGCUGAGCUUUAAUGUUUCAGAGAUUUGAUGCUUAACAGUCCAAUAGUACUUGACUUACCCUCUUGGUGUUUUUGUUAAUAUAGAGAAAGCAUUGUAAUGAUCUAAAGAUAAUUAUUUGUUCAGUAUGAUCACAAGUUACAGUUCGGAGUGAUAAUUUAUCUGAUACCGGGGUAUGUAUGGUCUAGUUACACACAAGCAGUCUUUCUGAAUACACAUUGAGAAAAAAAAAAUUUCAUAGUUAAAAACAGAUUUUUUUUUGUUGGGUUCUUAGAUUUGAAACAUUUCCUUGUGUAUGAGUGCAUUUUUUCCCUUCUUUUUAUUAUUACAUAGAUCUAUAUUGCUCAGGACCUUUUUGUCUCCAUUUUUUUUUUUUUUUUUUACAAAUAUAUAGGUUUAUAUAAAUGAAAGGUUUUUCUCAUUUUGAUAAUAUAAUUACUAAGAUGUUCAUUGUUAUUUAAAUUUUCUUGGCUGCAAAUCCUUUGUUUGCUAAAAUAAUUAAAUAUACUUACAAAUGUUUUCUUCACCAAUUUAAGGUAGUCUUAGGCCUACCAAUAUUUAGAUGAUUUUUUUUAAUAUUCUGAUUUAUUUAUUUCAAGCAUUGGUUUUCUAGUUUUUGUAUUUCGGUGCAGACCUUGAACAUUAAUAAAAUGUUUAAUACAAAAUCAAACAAUUGUAGCAGCAGGUGAAAUAUUUUGUUUUGUUUUGGGAAGUAAGUUAGUCAAUGUGAAUGGUAAAAUCUGUGAAGUUUUCUUAUUAUUUUUGUUUAUUAUUAUUUACUUUAUGCUCAUCAUCAUCAAGAUCCAUUGGAGUGACCACUUGAAAAGUUCAAGUGCUCCUUUUUAAAUAACGAAGAUGUUAAAGCCCUGUUUGCAUGUAAUGGAUUGUUGUUUUAAUUUACUCAGACACAAAGGUAAAGGAACAUUCCUUGUUCCAUAUGCUAGGACAAAUUUGUACAAAUGCUCCUUCUUCCCUAGUGCUAUUAGAGCAUGGAAUGGGUUGCCUGCCAGGAAAACCAGUGACUUGGCAGAAUUUAGGUCAUUGGUUAAUAUGCAUGACAAAACGCAUGAUGCUUAGGAUGUAAUCGUCUUUUUUGAGAAACGUCUGUAUUUAAUAAGAUAAGAUUACCUAUAUAUCAAAGAGAAGCUCAAUCAUGAUG